AUGAUCGAGAAUUACAGACCUUUUCGUUUGAUUAAUAUCAACUCUGGCUAUUUUGUCCAUUCAGAUGACGAGGGAAGAGGCAAUAUCCGUAUGUUGAAUUCUCCCAACAGCAAAUGUCAGUUAUUUUAUGCAGAGCCACAAGACGGAUCUGGAUACACAUUACGCAAUUUGAAUAGUGGAUAUUAUGUUCAUUGCGAUGAUGAAGGAAGGAGCAAUGUUCGACAACUUUUUAGUUCCAAUGACAAGUGUCAAGUAUUUUAUUUCAAUAAUGAAGGACGAUUCAUAAGCAGAAACUCUGGAUAUUAUAUACAUGCUGAUGAUGAAGGAAGAGCUAACCUAAGAAUGCUUCGUGACUUGAACAACAAAUGUCAAGUUUUUAGGAUUGAAUACGAUUCAGAGUAUCCUUCGUUGGAUGAUGUCACGAUUAAAUCUUUUAUAAAGAAUACCCAAGAACUUGAUGAUUACUUGAUAAAUCAAGAUACUGAUAAUCGGUACUGUGGAAUAAAAGAUAAGAAUUGGACAUAUUUGGAUGAUGGGAAUAUUCGUAUGAAACCCAUUUUUUCUUAUUUAAAGUAUAUAAACAAGACGAUUAUACCGGAGAAGUUUGAGCAAGAACAUACUUUUGAAAAAAUUAAAGGAACAGUAAAGACUUGGAAUGUGUCGGUUAAAAUAACUCAGAGUAUAUCUGCGAAUAUUGGCGUUGUUGAAUCAAAUACCAGCAUAGAACUAGGGUUUUCUUAUACUAGCCAGAUAUCAGAACAGACAAGAGAAGAGUGGAAACAGAAAGUAACUGGUCCUGUUACUUAUUGGACUUUUCAGCCUGUGAUUGUUUUUGCCUUGCAGGCCAUAAAAGGAUCCUCUGAAAAUCCAGCCGGUACCAAACUUAUCCAUUUAACCAAAGACAGUCCUUUCUUAGUGACAAAAUAUAAAAAGGGGGUAGAUCCUAGGGAAGCAGAUAUAAUUGUAACUC